AUAGAAUGUUGGCGAACUAUCGUUGUGGAGGGGGAAAAACACGUAGAGCUGAGUCUGCGCGACGCAGGGGAUCACUGCCUACGAAGUUUAUCGGGCAAGACUACACCGACAAAUCCUAGGACACGUUCGGCCGCACUGUAGCCAUAUAAUUCAUCAAGCCUUCUGAUGGAUGCUGUCUAGAAGCCCUGUUUGACUCGGUUGUGAUUCGUUUCGAUGAACGGAGAAAGAAGGAUGUCGGAAUUCAUGCCAUACCCUUACAGAGGGCCAGGAGGUGCUUUGAUGCGUUUCAAGAAAAGAAAGUCACGGUUCACAUUCCAGGAGGUUGAACUGCUGCUCAGUGAGGUGCAGAAAAAACGCCAUAUUCUAGUCGGGAAGUUCAACCGAGGCAUUUCGAAGGACCUGAAAAACCGCACAUGGGCAGCUCUGACGGCACGUAUCAAUGAGGUUAGUGAGUGUCACCGUGAGAUCAUCGAAGUCAUUAAGAAAUGGGCGGACCUCAAAUGCGACACCAAGCGGAGGGUGGCUGCCAUGAGGGCAUCGGGAGCCACGGCCGCUCAAAUCGCACAAGAGCUGUCGCCUGUCGAAACCAUGGUGCACCAGAUCCUUCAGAUGUCUAACCCUAACAGAAAUCUGAGUAGCUUGGCAGUCGAUGACCAAAUGGAUGACGAAGACGAUGACAUUUCAGGUCUCUCUGAGAUGCCACACAGCUCCUCACAUUUGGCAAAUGGCAGGCCUCAUUCAUUUGGUUUGCCAAUGCCACCUCCUUUCCACACUAGUAUCCCAGGCAAAAGCGAUUCGGAGCUUCCUGCACACAUGAUGUUCAGCAAUUCAUCAGUGCCUGUAACAGAUGUCCAGACUGACACAGUAGAAAAUGAAGGCAGCAACAUGCAGUUUACUGAACCAAGAAGCCAACCAAACCAGAAUCCUGUUGCUAUCCCUGGAUUCCUCAGCCGUCCUAUUGCUGAGAAAAGCCAAGUUCGAGAAAAACCUAAUCACAACACAUUUAAUGGCCCCUCAUCUGCCAGUAUCCCAACAUUUAUUGCACCUUCUGCAGUCGCCUCGUCAUCACGUUCGGCUCCUGCUCGCCUCCCUCCCCAGUCUGCUCCCGCGGAGCCUCGCAAUCUGCAGGAACAUUUAUCCCAGAGUGCCUCACUCAGCCUGCAGGAACAGCAGGCCACCACACUGCUGAUAGGGUCGCUGUCUCGCUCACUGGAAUCUCUCGCGGAGUCGGUGCAGAAAUUGGUCCACACCCAGCAGCAGUUUUCACGUGACACCUUACAGCUGCAGCGAGACACACUCCACGUCCUGCGCGACUUCUCCUCCAAUGCCUUGACGCUCCUGCAGGACAAGGUCAACGGACAUCCGUAGCUCCCGAACAUGGCAAUGCUAUCGACAACUACAUUUGGGAGCAAGUUACACAGAAAUACUAUAAGCUUGAGAAUAAAGUGACACUAGAGUAUAUGGCAAUCUUUAAAUGUUUGAGAGUUAUAGAGCUGACAGAACUAAAAAGACUUCCCUGUUUAUAACAUAAUAACCAAAAUAAGAAGCAUUAGGAGCUGAAAUAGGUUCUUUGUAGAGUUCCUUGUAUGUACGGACUGAAUAUUAUUCAGUAGAUGGCUGGGUCUCAUAGACUGUUUGGACCAACUCUGUGCUAUUAUACAGGUAAUUUAAGUGGGCAAAACUUUAUUUAAAAAUUAGUAAUUUAAGAUAAUUAUAUUUGUGGUGCUCUUUAACAUAUUGGCCAUUAAAUUGGCUGGUUUUAAUUUAUGUAAUCUGAUCAUGUUAUCUGAUUUUUCCUUUAUUUAGCUUUGUUAAUCUGGCGGUUUUCCGCGUUUAACUUUUAAAUCGGUUUCUGGCUUUCUGAAGCAUUGUUUAACAGACCUGCUGUAAAUGUUUUUGAUCUUUUAGCCAAUCUGUUUUUAGUUGUUUCUCUUAACUUGAAUCUCCAAAGACUCGUUAUUGUGUUUUUUUUUUUUUUUUUUUUUUCCCAGAUGUGAUUUUAAAUUCUGAUUUAAGACACAUUAUCUUAGCUGUAGCUCCUAUGGACCUGUUUGUUCCCCCAGAAAAGUCAGCACACUGUUAAAAAAAAUGUCUUCUACUUUAAAACCCAAUGUAAAGGAUGAAAAAUAAAACAUAUAAUUUGAAAUAUUA